AUGGCCGACCCGAGUGCCUUUUCGGGCUCAUCCGAGUCCCAUGGUGCUUCUUCUUCACUUCUCUCUAUAAUGCCUACUUCACCCCCGCCAGUGCAUGGUCCUGAAGCCCAGCAUUCCCUUUCACUCUUCCAGAAGGAUAUCUUCCUCGACUGGCAUUCUAAAUUUGCUUUCUCGCGACCAAUUAGAUUAGGCUCCAAGGAAGUCCUUCCAACUAUUAAACUCCCCGCGCUAACCGGGAGAUCCAAAGAUACCCCUACCGCGGCUGUGUCGCAAGAGCGACAAAGCUUGGUAGGUAGUUAUAAGGAGCCCGAAGGAUCAACUAGCCUGUCGUCACCUUUCCUUCUAGGGGACGACGAACGACUGCAGGCUACAGGCCCCACUAUGGAGACUCCUCAUCCUGAAAUGUAUCAGCCGCAUGCUGGUCUCAUCGACCUGGGAAGGUCGCUAUAUACCCCAGCUCCAGAGCCUCAGAGAUCGGAAAGUAUCUUAAACAUGCCUAGAUUGCCUGAGAGACGGGCUGCCACUAUAUCUUCCCCUUCUAUUACCACCCCUAAGCCCUUGGCUGCACCAUCGGCUACUCCUAAGGCAGAAUCAGAUAUUCAACUCCUUGAUGCAGAUGCUGAAGGGGAUAGCUUGGUCAUUUAUGGUAAUUCUAACCUUCAACAAGCAAUACUCUCGGGCGAGAUGGAUGCCCACGCUUUGAUUGACCAAGCCCGCCAUGAGGAGGAGAACGGCCUUCACAUAUUGGGCCCGUUGGUUACUAAGGCAGUAUUAGAAGGUAGCUAUGAUGUGGUGGUUCAACUUAUUCAAAGGAACAUGGACUGUAUCGAUGUUGCGAUGCAGGUAGCGGAAGAUAAUGGAAAGUUUGCGCUGGUUAAGUAUUUGGGUAUGUGGAAGGACCAUCAUCGGAAAUAUGGAAACCAAGGGCCGGCUGCAAGAUAUACUCCAUCACCUGGUCCUUCAAGCUCAAACACACCUAGGACGCCGAGGUGGCCAAAGAAGAUAGACAACGACGACGACGAUGAUAGUUAUCCACAAAAGCCUGGGAAGAGCGGUGGAAGGAAAUUAACCCCGUAUGAUCAAAAGGGGCCAAGAGCUAGAGGACCGAGUCCUGGAAGCCGUAGUAGGACAAGAGAUGAGGACCUCGCGGUGAGCGAGGAUGACUCUGAGGAGACAUGGAAGUUAAGGGCUAUAUAUCUUCUCAUGUUGAUGAUUUUCCUUUCUGAGACAACAUCAACAGAAGGAACCGGCUGGGAUAGUGUUUCUACUACUUCCAGCUCUCGACAAAGCUCUCAUGCGCCGGUCGACGGUGGAGAUCAUCAUACAAAUUCCGGUACUGCUAGCCGGCUUACCCUCCCGCCAGGUGGUGGAAGACGUAUGGGCUCGGAUGGCCAUAAGAAGAAGGGUCGAAGAGACGAUGAUGACUCUGAAGAAAGCGAAGGGAGUCGCCGACCAAACAACAGACCUAGGAGGCCUAGCAACCUAAAAUCUCUAGGAAAAAGAUAUGCUUGUCCUUUUGCUAAGGCGAAUCCGGAUAACCAUGUUACUUGCUGGACUAUCAACCGCCAGAACUUGGCCGGAGUGAAGGAACAUUUGAAAAGAUUUCACUUCGGUGGCACCUUACCGUCGGAUAUCCGAGCGGCGAGGACUUGGGAUGAUGUGUUCGAUUGUAUCGCUCCCGACUGGGGAAACAAUCCACGCCCUAGCCCUUACGUGGAUAUGCUGGAUAUUUUCCAACGUUCUGUCAGACCCAACCCGGUCAACUCUACUGGUUCAUCCGCUAUGGAAGGAGUCCAACAUCAGUACAAUCGCCAAUCCUUCCCACCACAUCUACAGUAUCAGCCGCAGUCAAUCCUUCCACAAGAGCAGUCGAUGAGACAACAACAUAUGCACCCUUCAAUGGGUGUAACAAGUCCUGGUCUUGUCUCAGAUCCACUACAGACUGCUGGAGGACUAUCUCCAGAUGCUAUAUAUCAAUCUAUAUAUGGCGGGCCCCUGAGUAACACCAACUUAUUCUCCGAUCCACUUUUGCAGUCGCAGGCCCAGCUGGUAGCGGGGAUAGGAGCAACUUCUCCAGCCCCAACUAGUGUGGGUACAUUCGACGGAAUCAACGUUGGUUCGGGUCAAUACACACAACCUAUGGAUACUACCAGCUUGAGUGCCUUGGGGAUUCCGCCAUCAACCCAGGCUCUAAGCUUGAAUACGAUGCAGGGUAUGGGUAUUGGAAUGCCUGGCCUAUUCGGUGCUCUCGGUCCUCCACAUUUCCGAGAUUUAUCUCCACAGGAAUUGGCGGAAGGUUUCCGCGAUGCUAGUGAUUUCUUCACACAUGAGUACAACAUCGAAACCGGAUCUGGACGACCAGCCGGAGACGUUUUCACCGAAAUACUGGAUGUCAUGGAAUCUCCAGCUCCUGUGCUGGAGCCUGUUCUCGAGUCUAGUCCUGAACCUCAUUCGGCUAUGACCACCGAUACCAUGCACGCAUUCUACACCUAUCAGCAGCAGCAGCCAACUAUCAACCACCCAACUCCGGGAUCCUCUAUCAUAUCAAACUCUACGGCUAGUCGUUCUGCUUCGCUGCCCUCCGGCUACCCCUCCACCACUACCAGCAUGGCAGUUCACCCACAAGUCCCGCAAUCGAUCCCAGCAUCUGCAGGAACACCGCUGAUCUAUCAUACACCACCUUCCAACCCAUCCACCACACCUGUGCACAUCUCCCACAUCUCCUCCCCACCAAGUACCACCUCGACCAAGGAGAAGAGAUAUCAACUCCUAAUUUCGCGAAAACCCGCUAUUCCAGGUUCUACAGAACACCCGGGACGUCGUGUAUUCACCUUCGACGGGUUCGAAGAGUUUGCAAGAAAUUUCGAUGGGUUUAUGCGUCAAGAGUUUACGGAUCCGGUGUUCAAUUGGGAAUCGUGGGAGUUGAUGAAUGGAGUUACGGGAGCGAGGUUGGAGGGAACCAAUGCGGUGAUCAAAGAUUUGGAUUUUACGUUUUUGGUGCAUAUGAAUAAUCGUGCGGCGUUGUAUUUGGUUGCGAAGGAAGGGUUUUGA